AUUAUACUAUAUAUACAAAUUGUUGAAGAAUCUCAAGAGAUUAACUAACUAUGGCUGAUGCUCUUACUCUUCUAUUGAAGGAAUUUGUUGACGCCUUUAAGAGAUAUUGUCUGUUACCUGACACAAAAUACAGGGAAUUAAUGAUUCAUUCAUCUACGGCUCUCCGUAAUCAUCUACUAACCAUGAUGCGAUUGUAUAAUAAAGAUAUGGUUUUAUUAUGCGGGUUAAAGAGAGCAACAGAUCGGGUGAAUAGGAUCUUUUUGGAAGAUUUCUUUCCAAGUAGAAAACAGCGUGGAGAAAAAUUUAUUGAUGAGCUUAUAGAUACUAUUGAAAAUCUAUAUAAAUUAAAAGAUAAUAGUAGCUCAAAUAUCGAGGGAGAAGAAGAUGUUGUAGGAUUUGAUGAAGAAGUGGUAACACUACUUGAUCAACUUACAGCUACUUCUAUUAAGCAAUUCCAGGUUAUUUCGAUUGCAGGAAUGGCUGGGCUUGGUAAGACCACACUGGCUAGAAAACUAUUCAACGAUCCUUUAGUAGAGUAUUUUUUUGAUAUUCGUGCUUGGACUCGUGUGUCUCAAGUUUAUCUUGUUAAAGAUUUGUUACUUGGUAUACUAAGCUCUUCUAACCGAGACGUUACUGAUGAGAUUUACCAAAUGAGCGACGUACAGUUGGGGGAAAAGCUAUAUAGACUACUAAAGGGUCGUAAGUAUUUGGUGGUCUUGGAUGAUAUUUGGGAUUCUAAGGUCUGGAAUGAUAUCAAAAUGUAUUUUCCAGAUGACAAAACUGGAAGCAGAGUCUUGUUUACCAGUCGUGACGUAGACGUCGGUUCACAUGUACAGGCAGCAAGACCUACUCAUGUUUUGCGUUUCCGUAAUGAAGUUGAAAGUUGGGAUUUGUUUAUGAAAAAGACCUUUGGGACCGGGAUAUGUCCUUUUUCGCUGGAAGCUUUUGGGAGGGUAAUCACAAGAAAAUGUGAAGGUUUGCCGCUUGCAAUUGUUAUAGUCUCGGGUCUUUUAAAAAAUAAAUUGUCAAAUAAGUGGUGGGGGCAAAUUGCUGAAAAGCUAAGCUUGUUUAUGGUGAGUAAUGCAAGCCAAUAUAUGCACUCGUUGGCUUUGAGCUACAACGAUUUGCCGCCUCACUUAAAACAAUGUUUUCUUUUUUUUGGAUCAUUUCCCGAGGACUAUGAAGUACCGGUGACGAAGCUGAUUUGGCUAUGGAUUGCUCAAGGAUUCAUAAAUCAAAGUGGAAGCAAAACCUUGGAGGACGUUGCAGAGGAUUGCUUGAUGGCCUUAAUCAAUCGAGGUUUGCUGUUGACAUCCAAAAAGAGGGCUGAUGGCAGAAUCAAAGCAUGCUGCAUCCAUGACUUGUUGCGAGAUGUAUGCUUGAGAAAAGCCGAGGAAGAGAAAUUUUCUUUACUAAGUUACAACUAUGCUCUUGUUCCAGCAUCCUCUACUACUAUCCACUCAGGUUUGUGCUAUCCACACGAGUUGGGUAAUAUCCUUCUGAAAGCUAGACUAAUAGGCAGACCAAUUCAUUAUGAAUACAAAACGGUUAGGGUUCUUGACAUGGAGUAUGUCCCUAUGUCAGUGUUUCAUUCUGAUGUAUUACACCUUAGUGAUCUAAGAUACUUGGCCAUUCAAGCUUAUGAUGGAAGUCCCCCUGCAUCAAUAUCCAACCUUGUCAACUUACAAACACUGAUAAUAUCGUCACAGAAGAAUAUUGUCCUACCAAAAACCAUAUGGAAUAUGGUAAAUUUGAGGCACCUAUAUACUAAAUCUGGGGAAAACCUUAUCGAGCAGCCUAACUUUGUACAAGUAGCGGGGAAUGAUGGUUCUCCGAAUUUGUUACCUAGCCUCCAAACAUUAUCCCAAGUGAGUCCUCGAUCAUGCCAGGAUGUAUCAUCAAGAGCUCCCAAUAUCAGGAAGCUUGGGUUUUGUGGAUCUUUAAUAUCAAGUCUAGGUGACCUGGAAUUUCCAAAUGUAAACUCCUUGCAACAUCUCCAAAAAUUGAAGCUAUUAAACACAAUUCCAUACCCUGAAGCAACAAGAUUAUGCAAUCUUGAGAUGUUUUCUAAGAAUUUAAGGAAACUGACGUUGUCAAAUACAAAAGUGGAUUGGGAAGAGAUUUGGACUUUCUCCAGGCUUCCCAACCUUGAGAUUCUAAAAUUAAAACUUCAUGCAUGCACGGGAGAAAUUUGGGAGACAGGGGAUGAAGAAUUUUCACAGCUCAAAGUGUUGAAAAUGCAUUAUUUGGACAUAAAGUGCUGGAUUAGUUCCAGGGAUAACUUCCCACGACUGCAAAGGUUAGUGGUUCAUCGUUGCUCAAAGCUCAAACGUAUCCCACUUGAUCUAGGGAGUAUUUUAACUCUGGAGGUGAUUGAGGUACGUGGAUGUAGCACUUCUGCACAUAACUCUGCAAUAGAAAUCCAGAAGGAGCAAGAGAAUGAAGGAAACUCUUUCUUGAAAGUCCACGCAAAGCCAGAGUUAGAAAUCCAGAAUGAGCAGUAGUGGCCUUCCAUUUCACACCUUUCACCUUUGCUGUAAGAAAUGUCAUAUCAACUGUGAUGUCAUUAAUGCUAUAACUGUUGGAAGUCUGGUUGGUUACUGACGAAGAAAGGAAAGGGAUGAAAUAAAGAAGCGACCACUGCAAUCUUGGACUGUGAAAGGUUGUUAAAGACUGAUUGACCUAUGUUAUUUUGAUUCUAAUGGAUUCUUUCACGUUGUUCAUCGCUUAUCGGGUGGCAAAUGGCAGAGGUGGUAGGCUAGGGUGCGUGUGACAGCAACAAGAGUAAGCAGGCUUAGUGAUGAAUGGUGUUAGUAAAGUGGUGUGGACUGGUCGCGUGGUUAAAUGGAUCGACCAAGGUAGAUCAAUUUGACCAAGGUAGGUCAAUUGAUACUGCCUAAAUAAAUGGUUUAUGUGCAGAUUUAUUAAAUUUGGACCAGGGUGAAAAAUAACUGUAGCCUAUUUCUUCCUGUUAACAUUCGAUAAUUUCAUCAUGAAGUAUAAACUCACAAUCAAGCAUGUCAGGUAAA